UUGACCAUUUAAUUCACAUCUCACUAUGACCCGUGGCAAUCAACGUGAACAAGAUCGUCUCAAGGCUCAAAAGAAGGCUGGCGGCAAAGCCAAGGCUACUACUUUGAAUGGUCAGUCCUUGAAGAACAAGCAAGAAAGUGAUGCCGAUAUCAUGCGAAGAAAGCAAGAAGCUGCUGCUGCAAAGAAGGCUGCUGAUAGCGGGAAAAGCACAUCUGGCAAAGAUGGAAAAUAAUAGAUAUGGGGGGCGCUGAUGUUGUUUUGGCACGAUCAUUUUUUGGGACCAUUCGAUAUCGCCAAUCUUUUGUUACCACCCCUAUAUGGAAUAAAUGGAACACCUUGUUUUAAGUACUGCUUUUAA